AUGGCGUUUUUGUUCAAGUCUAAAAAGAACCAACAGGGAUCCGCACUGCCCCCGGCGACCCGAAAUGUGCAUACAUCGGAGGGGGCUCCCUCCGCAGGCGGUCCGCCCCCUGUGACAAAUGGAAUCAAGGAUGGGAAUGCGUUCGCGCAACAGACACCAACGCCGAGCAGCAGCUACAAUAACUCUCUGAACUCUGCAACCAGUCCCACCAAUUCUGAUCCCAUCCGAUUACGGCAGCGGGCCGAGUCAGAGUCCCAGGCUCAACGACCAUCGCAUCAACCCCCACUCAAUGGAGUCGCACCGGCGGGCGCAAACGCAUCAUUAUACCCCUGGUCGCAACGGCGGCUCAAUUUCCCCGCGCCGCAAGCAAAUCCUUUCCCCCGAUAUGGGGCCGCGAUCAAUGCUGUCGCAUCCAAGGAGGGUGACAUUUACAUGAUGGGAGGUCUGAUCGACGGAUCGACCGUCAAGGGAGACUUGUGGAUGAUCGAGAGCAGUGGUGGAAGUCUCUCCUGUUUCCAAAUUGCAACCGUGUCCGAGGGACCUGGCCCUCGAGUAGGCCACGCGAGUCUGCUGGUUGGCAACGCAUUCAUUGUUUUUGGCGGAGACACGAAGAUUAAUGAGACGGAUGCUUUGGACGACACCCUCUACCUGCUGAAUACUUCUUCCCGUCAAUGGUCGCGUGCGAUUCCUCCUGGCCCCCGCCCGUCAGGUCGUUACGGCCACACCCUCAACAUCCUUGGGUCUAAGCUCUAUGUCUUUGGCGGUCAGGUGGAAGGGUUCUUCUUCAACGAUUUGAUCGCAUUUGAUCUCAAUCAGUUGCAAAACCCAACUAAUAAGUGGGAGCUGCUGGUUCAAAACAGCCAUGAAGGCGGCCCACCCGAGGGAGAGAUUCCGCCGGCGAGAACCAACCACACUUUGGUCAGCCACAAUGACAAGCUGUACCUAUUUGGAGGGACCAAUGGGGUCAAAUGGUUCAACGACGUGUGGACAUUCGACCCUCGUGCCAAUACCUGGACCGAGCUGGAUUGCGUCGGCUUCAUCCCCACUCCUCGAGAGGGACAUGCGGCGGCACUGGUCAACGAUGUGAUGUACGUGUUUGGAGGUCGCACGGACGAGGGUAUCGACCUGGGAGAUCUGUCUGCCUUCCGCAUCACAACUCGGCGCUGGUACUCUUUUCAAAACAUGGGUCCAGCUCCAUCUCCCCGAUCCGGACACAGCAUGACGGCGUUUGGGAAACAAAUCAUUGUGAUGGCGGGGGAGCCCAGCUCCGGAUCCAGGGACCCUGCGGAGCUCAGCAUGGCCUACAUUCUCGACACGGGAAAGAUCCGAUACCCCAACGACUCCCAAUCAAGCGAACGUGGCGCCGUUCCGGCUGGCCGGAAAAUUAGUACGGACAAGCAAAUGAUUUCUUCUGGACGCACUUCGCGAGAAGCUCAGAAUGCAACCCCAGAUCAACUGCGUCGCGGACCGGCUGCUCCGGCGCAAGUCCCCACCGUCAAGCCCGCGGAGCUUGGCCCCAGUCCCAAUAUGGGACCUGGUUCUAGGCUUCCCCGAGCAUCAAUUGCACAAGCUCCCGCUGGACCGCCGCCCCCAGGCCAAGCACCAUCCCCUGGUGCUCGAGCAAAUGGGCACCAGCCUGCCCCAGUGCAGACUAACCCUCGCAGCAAGACGCCCACGAGUAAUGAGCGUGGCUUCACACCUACCGUCGACAUCCGUGCGGCGAAUGCUGAUCGCGACGUUGAAUCUCCCGUCGCCAAAGAUAUCCCCGCGAGCUCAGGGUCCCCCAGUCCACGAACACCCACCCAGCAACCGCAGAGAAUAAGCGCAAAGGCGAUGGAGGCUGGCGAGGCGGCUCCAAUGAUGACACCCGCCCGUCAGCGAUCGUUGCGUCAAAACCGCCAACGGGGCUCAAUGGACAGUGCAGAGGAGUCUGUACUUGGUCGUCGUGUGUCCAGCAUCGAUGGCUCCAUUGAGUCUCGCAGUGUCCGUGGUUCUCGGACUCCCGGAGAAGAGCCACGUUCGCCUAGAUUAACUGCUCACCAAGAGGCCCUGAUCAAAGAGCUGGAAGCAACAAAGGCUCGGAACGCGUGGUAUGCAUCUGAGUUGUCCCUGGCGAAGAAGGCCGGGUACGUUUCCAACCCAGCAAGCAGCCCGAUUAUGGAUGAACGGAUCAACGACGUUGUCAAUGAAGAGGAUCGGCCUCUAGUGGAAGCAUUCCUAGCCAUGAGGGCGGAAUUGGCCAAGAUGCAGGCCACUGUGGACCGCCAAGCAGCGAUUGCCUCGAAGCGUAUCGCAGAGGUUGAACAUCAACGAGAUGUCGCCGUGAGUGAGGCAGCGUACUCGCGGACAAGGCUUGCCGCCCAUGGUGGUAGCCAACAUGGGACGCCUCAGCCUGAUUCUUCUCGGGAUGGUGACGAGGAGCGGCCAAGUGACAUGAGCCGUCGCCUCGCCUCAGCCUUAGCUUCUCAGACCGAGCUGAAGACCAAGAUAGACACCUUGACCGCGGAACUAGAACAGGAACGACAAGCCAAGGAACUUGCGGAAGACACGAUUGAGGCUACCCGGAAACGACUUGCCGAGCUAGAGAUGUCCAACAAUACUCUUGAAGCCGAGAAUCUACGGGCUGAGUUGCACAAGGCUGAAGCCACUGCUCGGGAAGAGGCACUUCUUCGCGCGGAGGCGGAGGCAUCUUUGAAACAGUUGAUCAUUGACAAGGAAGAGCUCUUGAACCAUGCCGAAGAGUCUUCCGGUCGCCUGAAAGACUUUAGCACCAACUUCGAUGGCUUGCGUGAGGCGGUCGCAGCUUCCACCGCCAAGACCGCCAUUGUCGAGAAGCAACUGCACGAAGAGCGGGAGCGCCGAGAAGGGCUGGAGCGAAAGCUUCUCCAGCUUCGCUCCGAGUACGAAGAGCAGACCACAGAAUUAGAAAAUGCCAACCGUCGGCUGCAUGCUGCGCAGGAAUUGGCAGAAAUUUCGGCCAAGGAGGCUGAGACGCAUAAAUUUGCCUUUGUGUCGGGUCUUGAGCGUGCCGCUUCAGUUGACUUGGAGAACUCGUUCAGGUCGCGCGCAGAUCAGCGUGUUGCGGCUUUGGAAGCGCAAGUUGAGCGAUCUACUGCACUGGCCAAAUCUAACCAGGCGGCUGCCGAUGCAGCGGCGGACAAGUUGCGUCGGGCCGAGGAGAGGAUUGCAGGACUCGAAGCGUAUCAAGAGCAGGCAAGUCGCGAGGGGCUGCAGCUUCGCAGACAGUUGCAGGCUGCUCUGAAGGAAUCCCAAGCCGCAACUGCCGAGAGCCGGGAGUUGCGCGCUCAACUUGAGGCUCACCAACGUGAUACCAGUGCUCUGAACAUCCAGCACGCGGCGUUGAAAGAUCUCCUUGGUGAGCGUGGCGUCAGCACCGAGAGUCGACGAUCCCCUCGACUCGAGUCACCUGGUUCACGCUUUGGCACUCCGGAACAAGGCCGCUUGCGAGAGCUUGAGCAGCAGCUGUCCAAUAGUCUGAAAGCCCAUGAGGACUUGAAGAGCUCCUUUGAAGUGCGUGAGCAAGAGGCCGAUCGGGUCUUCCGAGAGAAGUUGGAGCAGUUGGAGAAUGAUUACCAGUCGGCAGUGCACUAUGUCAAGGGCACCGAGAAGAUGCUGAAACGUAUGAAGGACGAGCUCAGUCGAUACAAGUCGCAGAAUGCUAAGCUUCAAUCUGAAAUCGAAGAGUACCAAAGGGGCUCUAAUGAGGAUCGUCUGGCCAAGGCCGCUGCGGCGGACUGGGAGUCUGAGCGUGCUCAGUUGCAAAAGUCCAUCUCGGACCUUGAGACUCAUACGUCGUCCUCUCUUGAAAACCUGGAAGCGCAGAUAUCGGACCUCAAGGCACAGCUGGUCAAGGCUGAGGCCGAGAAAGAGCAGGCACGUGCAGAUUAUGAACGGACUCAGCGUGAACUUGCGGAAGCUGCCGACCUCAGCCGUGCGGAGCUAGAGCAACUGAAGAAGGAAAAUGGCCAUCUCGAGAGCCGUGCGACUGACGCUGAACAAAAAGUCAAUUUGCUUUUGGAGCAAGUGGAGACCUCGGUUGGUCACUAUCGCCGCCAAUCUCAUCUAGGCCAGGGGUCGAACGGUAUUUCACGAACACACAGUAACGCCUCCAGCAACACUAUUGGUGGCCGUGGUCGCGCUGACAGCACAUUGUCUCAAGACUCGACUGCUUUCCCCGACAACCGGGGCUCGAUGGCUCUCGACUCGCUGGCCAAUGAGCUUGAGGCUCUUCGGUCUCACUGGGAAAGUACUAAUCGCAACUAUCGUUUGAGCAGCCAGCUGGAUCUGGAACGGACUCCGACUAAAGAUACCAGUGAUGGCCCCGCUGCGAUGAAUGAUAGCUUGGCAGAAUGGCGGAAACGAUUGGAUGAAGAAGAACGUGGCGGCAGCACAAAGAACAAGCCCGAGGCUGCCUCGAACAUGAUCUAA